AUGGAGCUCGCGCACUAUCUCAUACUACUGAGCAUCCUUCUCCCUGCUUGGGCAAUCACCUAUUGGGUCGUGCCGUACUUCACCACAUACAAGCACCUAAAACAUCUACCUGGGCCUUUUGUAUGCAAGUUUAGUAACAUAUGGUUGGCGCUCGGCGCCCGAAGAGGGAAGAAAUAUGCUUGGGUCGAUGAUGCACAUCGCCAGUACGGAAAGGUGGUUCGAGUUGGCUUUAAUCACGUUUCCAUCGCGACGCCCGAUGGCUUACACACCGUCUACGCCCAUGGCAAUGGUUUCUUAAAGGAUCACUUCUACGAGGCAUUCGUCUCAGGUGUCCCAGGAGUCUUUAACGUUCGACACCGCGGCGAACACACGCGCAAGAGGAAGAUCAUCGCACACGCCUUCUCGCCGGGCGCAGUCCACGACUUCGAGACACAUAUGAGCGCAAACCUACACCGAUGGGUGGAGCAGCUAGACCGCAUAGCCGCGUUCCCAGCCGCGGGCGGCUACUCCCGCAUCAACAUGAUGCCAUGGUGCACGUAUCUAGCCUUCGAUAUCAUCGGCGACCUAGCGUUUGGCGCUCCCUUCGGCAUGGUGCAGCGUGGCCGUGAUGAGUGCGAGUCCACGCGGCCCGGAGGCCCAAUCGCCUACGUACCCGGGGCCCAGACGCUCAACCGGCGCGGCGAGGUGAGCUCGACGCUCGGUCUGCUUCCGGCCUUGCGCCCGUACGCCAAGUGGCUGCCCGAUCCGUUCUUUAGCAAGGGGCUGCAGUCGGUGGCGGAUCUGCACGGCAUCGCUGUAGCAGCGGUUGAUAAGCGCCUUGCGGCUGGAGAGAAGGGACAAGUUGGAGGGGGCCGACAUGAUAUCCUGGAGAUGCUAUGCCGUAGCAAGGACUCGGACGGGCAACCCAUGCCAAGGGACGAGCUGAUCUCUGAAGCAUUGACGCAGCUCAUUGCAGGCAGCGACACCGUCUCUAAUACAUCUUGUGCCGUCAUCUACUGGAUCUUGCAUGGCGAGCGCCAGAACCCCGGAAGCGUGGUGCCCCGACUGCAGGCGGAGCUUGACGCCGCAAUCCCAGCCGGCUCGACCAUUGCCUCACAUGCGGAUGUCAAGAACCUCCGCUUUCUCAGACAGUGCAUAGACGAGGGGAUGAGGCUGCACUCGACCUCGGCGAUUGGGCUUCCGCGGAUUGUGACAGCCCCGCAGGGUGUCUCGUAUGAGAAGGAGCAUUUCCCCGAGGGAACUGUGCUAUCUGUUCCUAGCUUCACUAUUCACCACGAUGCGGACGUGUGGGGCAGCGAUGUCGAAGAGUUCAACGCAGACCGGUGGUUGAACCUAAGCCAGCAACAAAAAGUCUGCUUUAACCCCUUCUCGUACGGGCCCAGGGCUUGCGUUGGGCAGAACGUAGCGAUCAUGGAGCUUGCGUUGAUCGUGGGCACUGCGUUCCACCGGUAUGAUUUCACACUUUACCAGGACAAGCUGGAAUCACACGAGGGCUUCUCCAAAAAGCCUGAGGAGUGCUGGAUGGGUAUUAAGAGACGGUAA